AUGGAUGAGCUUAAGUCGUGGCUCUCGAGACUUCCUGCCCCCACUGACCUGGGCGUCCUCAUCGACACCCGCCUCAUCCGCAGAACCACCAACCUUGACCUAAAGCUGCGACCUCACGCCUCCGCACAUGCCCCAGCUCUUCUCUCUACCGACAGCGCCACAGGAAGGCCCACUCUCAUUGGUGGAGUCUCCAUCCUAUCUUUUAACAGGGCCAUCUCUCUGUCCUCUCCACUUCCCUCCGCAGACGGCAGACUCAUCACCGUUCACCUCAACUAUCUCCGCGAACAAAUCCGCCUCAUUGCCAUCUAUGCCCCCACACAAUUCUACAGACGCCGGAUAUGGUGGACCACCACUCUCAUUCCGGCACUAGAAGCCCCCACCGCCGCCUCGGCAUCCAUGCUUGUCGGCGAUUUCAACUCGGUCAUCCUCCCCAUCGACAGGAACCGCCCCCCUGAAGACUUCGAGGCUCGAGAAGGAGCUUCCUUCGCCAAACUUAUGGACAACCACGCAUUGGUCGACACUUUCCGUGCACUCCACCGCACGCGUACCGACGUGUUCUCCUUCUUUGGGAGGCAGCGCCACAAUAUUGCGACACCGCCUACAUCCUCCCGUCUCGACAGGAUGUACAUCUCCCGUGCCUUCCUACCCCGCCUCACUGCAAGUCCGUACAUCCAAACUAACACGCUCCUUUCGGAUCACUUGUACGCCCCUCUCUGCUCGCUCAGCUUCAUCAAUCCCACAGUUGCCCCUCGUCCCUGGCGACUCCGUCAACAUCUACUCAUGCGCCCCCAUGUUGCACAAAUCAUCGACUCCGCCCUUACGGUCUUCCCCUCAUCCCCGUCCCCGGACUCCUGGGACAGCUGGAAGCUCGACCUCACACUGAACCUCAAGCGCUUCUCCAACCAGGAGAGACGUCGCGUCGACGGCACGACUGCACAUCUGGAACUCAUCAUCGGCUCGUUACAACGGCAAGCAGCCUACACACCCCUGAACAGGGCCGAGUCCGACCGUCUCGACCAAGCACGUCUCCACCUGGCCAGAUACGAAGCCUCGAAAGCCUCCGAGAUUGCGCUCAAGGCCAAACUUAAAGUGGAAGGGCAUAGGGAAAUGGGAGUCUCCUCCCUCCUCUCCGGACUCAACUCGCGAAUCAAGGGCUCGAUUAUCAGCUCCCUGACCCUACCUAACGGACAGACCACGUCAGACCUCUCCACCAUGACCAGCAUGUGCUCCAGCUUCUUCCAAUCCCUCUAUAGCGGGAGCAACCCUGCUACCCCAAACUCUUCCUUCUGGCAACAUAUUCCCCCCUCCUCCAUCCCGAACCCCUUACUCCUACGCCUCAGCGCCCCCUUCUCCCUAGCCGAAAUUGGAAAAGCGCUGCUCUCUCUGUCUCGAGGUAAAACCCCUGGCCCAGAUGGCCUUCCCGGGGAGCUUUUCCGGCAUUUCGCCCCACGAUUUGCGCCGGCUUUCCACUCCUUGCUGUCCCCACCACAGCCACUCUCUCGCCUCCCUCCGUCGAUGCUGACCGGACGCACCGUCCUUAUCCCCAAGAGGGGAGACUCCUCGCUAGUGGAGAACCUCCGCCCCAUCACCCUCAUGAACGCUGAUUACAAAGUCCUCGCUCUGUGUCUUGCUAACCGCCUUCAGCUAGCUCUCCCCCAGCUCAUCCACCCAUCCCAAACCGCCUUCAUUAAACACAGGAUAAUUGGAGACACAAUCAAUGAUACCCUCGAUAUCAUGGACUGGGCGGCCUACUCCUCGGCCCCGCUCCUCGCUCUUACGGUGGACUUUCGAAAGGCCUAUGACCUUGUCGACAGACCAUUCCUCCUCCAAGCCUUAGCGGUCCUCGGUCUCCCUGCACCCUUCAUCCAUUGGGUACGACUAAUGCACUCCGACACGUCCACACGAAUCUCGGUUAACAACAUGCUCGGCCCCACCUUCCCCGUCCGUACGGGCGUCCGACAGGGCUGUCCUCUGGCGCUUCUGCUCUUCGUCUGUGUCAUCGAGAUCUUCCACCGCUACAUGUCCCUCUUCCUCCCCGGCUUCGCUUUGUCCCCUGCCCAGCGCCGCCUCAUGGCAUGCUACGCGGACGAUGUCACUCCCUUCCUCACCUCAGACUCAGAGCUCGGCCUCGUAGUGAUGCUCCUAGGGGUCUUUGGAUCUGUGUCUGGGGAGGUCGUCGACUUCAUCCCCCCCUCUUCCGUCUCGGCUACUGUCCACCCCGUCUCGCCCAACCAUCGCAUCGGCCGCACCCCAAUAAACACCGGACUCUUCCGUUUACACGAUCUCAUUGAGCCGAGCCGCCAACGGGAUAUCCUUUUCAGACUAUACACACCAACCCUUCCCUCUGGCUCACGCUUCCAAUAUUUUGACGACCGAGGGAUUUGCCCCCGGUGUCCUGCUGCUGUUGUCGAGACACUGCCGCAUAUCUUCUUCGAGUGCGCCUCCGCCGGAAACGUCAUCUCUGCUCUGCGCACAGUCGCUGACCGUCACCUCGGACAGACCCCCCCCGCCGAACACAUCUUCUUUCCGAUACAGUCACGGGUUGGACAGUCCCCCCCAUGGAGCUUACUAGUAGGAGCUGCAGUCAAGACGCUGUGGAACAGCCGCUGUGACCACAGGCACCGCAACUCCUCCUCCUCGAGCUUCGAGAUACUACAGCUCAUCUUAGCCCAGAAGCACGGCAGGGCGAGCUGGCGGUGCAGGCCCGAGAGCGCCACCCCCACAGCGCCCCCCCUGCAGCCCGCCAAAUCCCACCACCACCCCCCACCCAUCACGUCCCCCACACGCAGAAACGCGGCGGUAGGCGCGGGUGGGGAGACGGGGGGGGUGCGAAAUGGGCGGCGACGGGGGCAAAAGGGGGCCGCGAUCGGCGCCGCGACAAGCGCUGUAGUGGGCGCGACGGGGGGAGAGGGGGAGGGGGAAACGAAACUGCCACCGCCAUACCUGAUUUCUCGACCUCCUCGCAUCCCGCCGCGACCUGAUGCUGCGCCCCUUCCACUUUCCAGGUUGUUCAUGCGCUUAGGAGGAGCGGAAUCCGCGGCCGCGAUAACAGCCAGUGCAAAAGAGCUCGAACCAUACGCCAUGCGAACGUCGGGAAGUGGCGCUGACGGUGGUAACCCGCAAAUGAAGUUGCGUCGCCUGCUGGUGUCCAAAUGCCGCGGGAACCAAACCGUCUGCCGCUCCCGGUGCGUGGACACAUCGACUGACGUCAACAACUGUGGGGCGUGUGGCAACUUCUGCGAAGUGUCGCAGAAUUGCUGCGGCGGCAGCUGUGUGGAUCUCCUCCACAGUAACGACCACUGCGGCGCCUGUGGUGCGAGUUGCCCGGGGAUAUGCACGUCCGGCAUGUGCUUCAACUUCGACUGA